AUGACCCUUAGCUCGGAGAUGUCCGAGGCGUCGACGCUGGCUGAGGAGACCGACAUUGAUGUGGUGGGCGAGGAGGACGACGAGGAGGACGACGAGGAGCCACAGACCCUCCGCCGCCGCCGUUCCUACGCCGAGGACGAGGAGGAGGACGAGGACGACGACGAGGAAGAGGACGAGGAGGAUGUGGGCGACCUCCACGCCGCCGCCCUGCUGCCGCGGUCGCCCGUGCGCGGUGGAGGCGUAGGUGGCGGCGGCGGCGGGGCGGGCGGCGGGGACGCUGCCGGUGGCUCUCGGCCCCCCUCGCGGGGUGGCCCGCAGAAGGCGACGGCGGGCGGCGGUGGGGCGGGCGGCGGCGGCGGCGGGGGCGGCGGUGGGGCGGGCGGCGGCGGCGGCGGCGGCGGGGCGGGCAGCGGCGGCGGGAAGAACAGCCUGGUGAAGCCGCCCUACUCCUAUAUCGCUCUCAUCACCAUGGCCAUCCUGCAGAGCCCCAAGAAGAGGCUGACGCUGAGUGAGAUCUGCGAGUUCAUCAGCGGGCGCUUCCCCUACUACCGGGAGAAGUUCCCCGCGUGGCAGAACAGUAUCCGCCACAACCUCUCCCUCAACGACUGCUUCGUCAAGAUCCCCCGGGAGCCCGGCAAUCCUGGCAAGGGCAACUACUGGACGCUGGACCCCGAAUCCGCCGACAUGUUCGACAACGGGAGCUUCCUGCGCCGCCGAAAGCGCUUCAAGCGGCAGCAGCUCCCGGCGCCCGAGCUUCUGCUGCGCGCCGUGGACCCAGCCGCCUUCCUCCCGCAGCCUCCGCCGCAGCCCCCGCAGCAGCCGCCCUGCGCCUACGGACCCUACGGCUGCGGCUACGGUCUCCAGCUCCAGCCUUACCACCCCCACUCCGCCCUCUUCGCCUUCCACCACCCCUCUCCACCGCCCCGCCAGCCCCCCGCCGCCCCUGGCAGCGCCCCCGGUGCGGCGCUGCCCCCCGCCGCCGCCGCGCCGCCGGGCCCCUUGCUGCCGGCGGCGGAGCUGGCACGGACGCCCUUCGGCUACGCGCACCCGCUGGGCCCGGCGCUGGCGGCCUCGCUGCACUCCGCCAAGCCCGGCAGCGGCGCGGCGCUGGCCCGCUCGCCCUUCUCCAUCGAGAGCAUCAUCGGGGGAAGCCCCGGCCCCGGCGCGGGCAGCAGCUGCGCCUCGCAAUCGACCGCGGCGCCGGGGCUGGCCCGCUCGCUGGGGAGCGCCGGGAGCGGCCUGCCCCCCGCCGCAGCCCUGCCCGCCACCCCCGGCUUCGCGGCACGGAUCUCUAACUGUUAA